GUCAAUCUGACUGUAUGACUGGAGGGUUCACCCUGGCUCCAUCGCUUGCUCUCCAGUUGUACAAGAUGGGUUCGUUCAGAAGGCCCAGACCUCGUUUCAUGAGCUCCCCGGUGCUCAGCGACUUGCCACGUUUCCAAGCAACCCGUCAGGCUUUGCAGCUGAGCUCCAACUCUGCGUGGAACAGUGUUCAAACAGCAGUGAUAAAUGUGUUCAAAGGUGGAGGCUUGCAGAACAAUGAACUUUACACGCUCAAUGAAAAUAUCAGACGGCUGCUGAAGAGUGAGCUCGGAUCCUUCAUCACAGAUUACUUUCAGAACCAACUCCUUGCGAAGGGCUUGCUGUUUAUAGAGGAGAAGGUUAAGCUGUGUGAAGGUGAGGAUCGCAUUGAUAUCCUGUCUGAAAUUUGGGAUCAAUACUUCACAGAGACCCUUCCCACACUCCAGGCAAUAUUUUAUCCAGUUCAGGGUCAGGAAUUAACAAUCCGUCAGAUUGCUCUUCUUGGCUUCAGGGACUUGGUCUUGCUAAAAGUGAAGUUGGAAGAGAUCCUACCUCUGGUCCAGACAAAGCUCCCAGCUUCCAUUGUCCAAAUGCUAUUAAUUCUGCAGAGUGUCCAUGAGCCUACUGGCCCCAGUGAGGGCUACCUGCAGCUGGAAGAACUGGUCAAACAGGUGGUAUCACCCUACUUGGGCUUGUGUGAGGAUCAGAGCUUCUCUGGAAGUGCCUGCUUCCUUGAGAGAAGGUACUCCAGAUCACGUCCUAAGCCUGGUAUCCUGAAUUAUUCAUCUCAAAUGGUGACGAGUCGGCAGCCCAGUGAGAUGGCCCUGACGCCGCUGACAGAGCAGGAGGGUGAGGCUUACCUGGAGAAGUGCGGCAGCAUUCGGCGCCACACGGUUGCCAAUGCUCACUCCGAUAUUCAGCUCCUGGCAAUGGCCUCCAUGAUGCACACAGGAAUGGUCAUUGAAGAGUCAGACAGUAACGACAAGUGCCUCCUCCUGCAGGCCAGUUUCAGCCACAGGCAGUGCUCCAGUGAGCCCAGCAUUGCUGAUGGGCCAGAAGCAGUCAUGGCAGCAGGUAGACAGGACACUGCAGAGCUGAACUGCACAUCUGUCAGCUAGAAGAAGUCUUGCUGAGGAG